CGAGAUAUACGCAUUAGUGAUAACAAGAGGUUCCACCAGCUUGGCCUGAACGCCAUGGCGGUCGCGGCGCCCGCCCUUGUGAUGCUGCUCGUGGGAGUGCUGCUGCUGCUGCCUGCCCCGUCGCGCCCCGCAAGCGCAAGCCCUUCGGAAGAUUCCUCGGGGGAGAUGGAGCUCCUUCGGGGUGAGGACAUUCCUGACCGCGAGGCCAACAAGUGCUGCCGAAGGGAAACGAAGAUGAAGAGCGUGGGACUAUCAGUGGCUACAGGAGAGGAAAUUACAGUGGACAUUGGCCAGUGCAAAAAACACUGCACGAGGAAUAAGCUCAAGAAAGACGAGUUCGAGCGGCUUAUACAAGAAAAUCCUGAUAUUGACCCUAGAACGCUGUUCGAGAUGCACCGCCGCCGGCGAGCCGAGCCGUCGUGCCUGGGCGAUGAGGUGUGCGCGCCCUCCGCCGCCCGCAUGGAGCGCGUGCUCACCCUGGAAGGCAGCGUGAGCGUGUCCGUGACGGACGAGUGUGCAUGCCAGCCUAGGUCACACUCGUGCCGUCGCAGGCCCCAUCGCGUCACUCUACACAAUGACACGCCCCUGCAGACUACCGUCGACAUCGGGGACUGCCACGGCCAUUGCGCGCACGAACUGGGAUGUAAACCUAUUAAGACGAGGACUGUGACUGUCGAGGGCCCAAAUGGGUCAGAGUGCCUGACGGUGGUUGAGCAGUGCGGGUGCGAGGCGGCCUGCUACCGCGCGCUGCACUUCCAGCAAGUCUACAACUACACGGAUCCAGAUGAACCUACUGUGGAGAUGAUCGACGUCGGGAAGUGUGUAGGAGACUGCGACUCUGCGCCAGAGGAAACCUGCGUUUGGAGGGAGCUGAACGGAAGCUGCGGCAUGGCGCUGUCGAGGGCGUCCAGGUGCUCCGCGAGCGGUGUGCGCGAGAUCGAGGUGUGGCAGCGCGACGGUUCGACCCGCACCCUCAUGGCCAUCACUCACUGUGGCUGUCACUGACAGCGCUGACAACCUCCUUCCUCCUCUCUCGCCCUCCGACCGGCGAUCACUUACCCAUUUAUCCAACUCCAGUUGCUUGGUUUAUCACAUUUGGGCAGUAGUUUAGACAAGGAAACACACUCCUGAAGGCACAAUCGCCCCAAACGUCCCAGAAGUGCGCUCCGCCGGAAGACCAGAGGGCGCCAGGGCGUCGAGGGCAAGCCACGGGACACGAGGGAGUCUCCUGUAGUGCUGAAAGUUAGCGGAUUCUUUCCCUCUCUCCGUCGCCUCCGAAACUGAGAGCAAGGAAGACAUUGCUACUAGUUAUUUUUAUCAAUGUUUAAUUUCUAAAUUCACGGUAAAAAAAAUUGGGUGUAUCCUAAUUAUGAAGCACGCAAAAAGUGAGCGAAUACGUAUAUGUAAAUGUGCUAUUACAUACAUAUUCGAACAGAACACACAUACAGCGCCCACACACACACACAGACACACACAUACACACACACAUACACACACACAUACACACACACACACACACACACACACACACACACACACACACACACACACACACACACACACACACACACACACACACACACACACACACACACACACACACAAACACACACAUACACAUACACACACUCACACAAAUACACACACACACACACAUUCACUCACUCACUCACUCACUCAUUAUCUCACACACACGCACACGCACACACACACACAUAAA